CCAAUUUGAGCAUAAAUGCUCAGUUGAAGUUAGAUUGUUGGCUUUGUGAGUCGUUUUGAUUGUUAAAUUCGCAAUGAAAGAACUGAUCACAUGUUUGAUGUGCCUGUUAGCACUCGUGGCAGCCGAUCCAACGUGUAGUUGCCACUCAGUUGUCGAAAAUAAUUCCUGGCUUUGGGGUGACAACAUCAUCAGCAAGUGGAACCGUGUAACAAUCGGGGAUUCAGUAGCCCGCAGUUGUGAUGGAGCUGCUGCCGUUCUGUUUGAGAAUGUAACCACCUCCAAGAUCACCGAUCUUUUGGCGUACUGUGGAAAGCAAUUGCCAAUCCUAGAAAAACCAAUUCAACACAAUUGGAUUAGGGAUUCCAACUUUGGUCGAUUGGUUCCAAGUCCGAAGGUGGCAGUGAUGCGAAUCUCUGACACCAACUUUACCAAGUUGAUCUUUGACAACACUGUCACUUAUCAAACUCAAAGAAUCUACCUGAAGAACGUUCCGUUGGACGCGAUUCCGAAGAACUUGAACGCUAUGCAGAACCUGGUGUCAUUCGUAGCCAAAGAAAUUCCACUUCAAAAGUUCAUUUUAAGCCAGUUCAAUGGACUCAACAAGCUCCAACGCAUCACCAUCAGCAACAGCUUAACCUCAAUCACGAUCGGCGCAGUCGACCUGCCAGCACUGCUUUCGCUGAAUUUCCACAGCAACCAAAUCGAAAAGGUUCCCCGAGACAUCUCAACCCUCAAAUCUCUCGAAAUGCUCAACUUUUGCUUCAACAAAAUCACCCAUCUGGAUAUGAGCGUCUUCAACGGAUUGGACUUCCUCCAAGAUCUCAAAAUAAGCCACAACCCCCUGCUGAUCAUCAACUCACCAACCACCGUCAAUCUGCCAGCUUUGCAGCACCUGCACCUGCAGCACAGCCAUCUGGAGCGGCUGGACGUGGCACUGUGGCACAUGCCAAAACUCGCCUCGAUGAACCUCAACUGGAACAACCUAACGCAGGUGGCCAACCUGGAGGGACAGUUCCCGAAAGGGGCGAUCGUGUAUGCCGCUGGAAACACGUGGAACUGCACGUGGCUGAACGAGGCUGCGACAGUUGUGGUGAUCGAUCAGCAGGAUCGUCCGCGGUGUAAGAAUCUGGCAUAGUUUGUUUUGUAACG